AUGGCAGCAAAGCCGGGCUCGUCCGUUUUCGUUGGCAACAUCGCGUUCAGCAUAACAGAGGAGGAGCUUGUGAGCAUAUUUGCGCCAGUCGGUCGAGUGCUCAAGUUUCGACUCAUCACCGACAAAGAUACUGGCCGAUCUAAAGGCUUCGGUUUCCUCGACUUUGCAGAUCCCGAUGCCGCAGAGAGUGCUAUUCGAAAUCUUGAUGGUCACGAAGUCGGUGGACGCAAGUUGCGCGUAGCCUGGCCCAGCGGCAGCGAUGCCAAAGAUAAUCAGUCAGGGCCACCCCAGCAAGACAAUGCCGUACCGCAAGCUGCACCAGUGCCCCCCCUCCCAACCGGCGUCGACCUUCCACCGAACCUCAAGUGCAGCGAUGCUAUCUCUCAGACCCUCAACCAGCUUCCGGCCCCGCAGCUCCUGGAUGUCCUCACUCAGAUGAAAGCCAUGGCUAUAUCAGAGCCACAGCGGGCGACCGAGAUCCUAAAGUCCGCUCCACAAUUGUCUUAUGCGCUCUUCCAGGCGCUGAUCCUCAUGAAUCUUGUCGAUCCAAAGAUCCUGGCUCAAGUCGUCGAACAAGCCUCUACGCAACAGGCCGCGCCGGUCCCGCAACAGCCACCCCCACAGCAAUACCCUGGGUAUCCUCCCCCACCCCAGGGCAUGCCUGGGAUGCCUCCUCGUCCGCCGCCUCAAGCCUACCCACCCCAACCACCGCCACAACAGGCGCCUCCGCCACUAUCUCAAGAGCAGUUACUGCAACAGGUCAUGGCCAUGGAUCAGAGAACAAUUGACAGCUUGCCACCGACAGAGAGAUCGCAGAUCAUGGCACUGAGGGCGCAGAUGGGCAUCCGCUAA